AAAGAAAGAAUAGGAAUACGAUGAACAUUUUGCCUAAAAAUUAGUUUCACCACUUCAUUUUCUUGGUCACAAAGAGAAAAUUCGUUGGUUCCCAAUGGAGAGAUCGCAGAAUCCAAACACGAACCCUAAUCCUGUAUCGUCGCCGAUUGCUGCGUUAUGGCCGACAAUUGAUGCGUCACUGGGGUUGUCCGAGGAAGAGUCCGUGAGCUAUGCCCGCGGAUUCUACAAAUUUGGAUUUGCGUUGCUACCAUUUCUUUGGGCGGUUAAUUGCUUCUACUUCUGGCCUGUUCUCCGCGAUUCCCACUCGUUUCCUCGCAUCCGACCCUAUAUUGUUGGGUCAGCUAUUGGGUUUGCUGUUUUCAUGGCCAUUCUUUCCUCUUGGGCCUUGACAUUUGCCAUUGGAGGGGAACGUCUCUUUGGACCUGUUUGGGAUAAACUUGUGAUGUAUAACGUUGCUGACAAAUUAGGAUUGACAGGUUGGAACUAGUUUGGUUCCUUCCUUUCAGCAACUAAUCUCGUUCUCGUUUUUGUAUAUUUCAAAAUGUAUAACUUUCUACUGUCAAUUCUUUGCCCUUAAGAUCAAAGUUGAAGCAUCUGGUUUUACUUCUCCAAGUGAUAUAAGGUUCAAACAUAAACUUAGUUAUAACAGGGAUUUCAGAUUUAAACAUAAUUGAGACGAAAAGUCUGGGGUUAAACUGACAUAAAUUGUUUAAACAACACUUGAAUUUGCAUUGUCACACCGAUGCUUGAUGGUGAUGCUGAUUAUCAGUAAAUUCAUGAAUUUGAAUGGGCUCUCCCUUCUGAGCUUUGUGGA